GGCCGGGGAGGCCGGGUGCUCUGGGAGCGCUGGGCGGCGGCACAGUCUGCACCAUGGCGUACCCGGGGCACCCUGGCGCCGGCGGCGGGUACUACCCAGGCGGGUACGGAGGGGCUCCCGGAGGGCCGGCGUUUCCCGGACAGACUCAGGAUCCGCUGUAUGGUUACUUCGCUGCUGUUGCUGGACAGGAUGGACAGAUAGAUGCUGAUGAGUUGCAGAGAUGUCUAACCCAGUCAGGCAUUGCUGGAGGAUACAAACCUUUUAACCUGGAGACGUGUCGGCUGAUGGUUUCAAUGCUGGAUAGAGAUCGGUCUGGCACGAUGGGGUUCAAUGAAUUUAAAGAACUCUGGGCUGUACUGAAUGGCUGGAGGCAACAUUUCAUCAGUUUUGACAGCGAUAGGAGUGGCACAGUGGAUCCCCAAGAACUGCAGAAGGCUCUGACAACAAUGGGAUUUAGGUUGAGUCCCCAAACUGUGAAUUCAGUAGCAAAACGAUACAGCACCAGUGGAAAGAUCACCUUUGAUGACUACAUCGCCUGCUGCGUCAAACUGAGGGCUCUCACAGAUAGCUUUCGAAGACGGGAUAGUGGUCAACAAGGUGUUGUGAAUUUCUCAUAUGAUGAUUUCAUUCAGUGUGUCAUGACGGUGUAAAUCAAGCCCGAGGGACUCCAGAGGAACAUAAGCAACAUUCCAGCUUGAGUUUGCCUUUGCUUACUCUGCCUUCUUACAUUGCCACUUUCCCCGGACAGCUUUUGUAUUGAUUUAUUACAGUAUGCACAACUGAAGCCUUGUUUUUAGUUAAUAAUAAAUAGAUAAUAAAUUCUCUGGGUAUUUUAA